GUCCCCGGGAGGCGGUCGCAGAGUGGGGGAGGGGAGGGCGGGGCUCGUGGACGCGGUUCCGUCCGCUGCUGCGCUACUUUUGGUCCGGACUCGGCUGGGAGGCCGCGGCUGCCGCAUCAGAGCUGACGUGGGGGCGACGUGGGGCCGCGGCCGGCGCCGGCGCCGGGUUGCUGGGCGGCGGCGCCGCUCUUGAGCGGCGGUCGGGCUUGGCGUCUCCACCUCCUCGCGUCCGUAAUCAGUGACGAGGUCCGCUACGUAAACCCCAUCGCGGCGGACAAAUGACCAUGGAAACAAUUGAAUCUCGGCAGGAUGGAAGUAUAACUGAUUCUGUGGCAGAGAGAGAAUCUGCUCAUAUGCAUACUCAGACUGGCCAAAAUUCAAUUCCUACUUUAGCUCAGGUUUCUGUAGCUGGAUCAGGCACUGGAAGAGGCUCCCCAGCUGUAACUCUAGUGCAGUUACCUUCGGGCCAAACUGUACAUGUCCAGGGAGUAAUUCAGACACCACAACCAUCGGUUAUUCAUUCACCACAAAUACAGACUGUUCAGGUAGCAACAAUUGCAGAGACAGAUGAGUCUGCAGAAACAGAAGGUGUAAUUGAUUCUCAUAAACGUAGAGAAAUCCUUUCACGAAGACCCUCUUAUAGAAAAAUACUGAAUGAACUUUCCUCUGAUGUGCCUGGUGUUCCCAAAAUUGAAGAAGAAAAAUCAGAGGAAGAAGGAACGCCACCUAACAUCGCUACCAUGGCAGUACCGACUAGCAUAUAUCAGACUAGCACGGGGCAAUACAUUGCUAUAGCCCAAGGUGGAACAAUCCAGAUUUCUAAUCCAGGAUCUGAUGGUGUUCAGGGACUACAGGCAUUAACAAUGACAAAUUCAGGAGCUCCUCCACCAGGUGCUACAAUUGUACAGUAUGCAGCACAAUCAGCUGAUGGCACACAGCAGUUCUUUGUCCCAGGCAGCCAGGUUGUUGUUCAAGAUGAGGAAACUGAACUUGCCCCAAGUCACAUGGCUGCUGCCACAGGUGACAUGCCCACUUAUCAGAUCCGAGCUCCUACUACAGCUUUGCCACAGGGCGUAGUGAUGGCUGCCUCACCAGGAAGUUUGCACAGUCCCCAGCAACUAGCAGAAGAAGCAACACGUAAACGAGAGCUGAGGCUAAUGAAAAACAGGGAAGCUGCCCGGGAGUGUCGCAGGAAGAAGAAAGAAUAUGUCAAAUGUCUUGAAAAUCGUGUGGCUGUGCUUGAAAACCAAAACAAGACCCUCAUUGAGGAACUCAAGGCCCUCAAAGAUCUUUAUUGCCAUAAAGCAGAGUAACUGUCUUUGACUUGGACCUUGUUUACUCUAAACUCUAAUCAAGGCAGGCGUUGCACCAGUUCUACUAAUUGCCAUGUGGACUUGUGGAAGGGACAUAUGUGACCCUUAACUAAGAAUCCAGUUUGGCUUAGUGUUUGAAAUUGAAUUGGGAAUAUUGUUCCAGGAUUUGGAGUGCAACUGUGUUCACAUUUACCAAGCUUACUUCAAUCUGUUUGUCAAUAGCAUGCAAAAAAUGUUUUGUUUGCCCUUUGCUUCUACUUUUUCCAGGGAAGCUGCUAAAGAAUGUCGACGUCGAAAGAAAGAAUAUGUAAAGUGUCUGGAGAGUCGAGUUGCAGUGCUGGAAGUGCAGAAUAAGAAGCUUAUAGAGGAACUUGAAACCUUGAAAGACAUUUGCUCUCCCAAAACAGAUUAGUAGAAAUAUUUAACUAUGAACUGAUUACAACAUGUACAGUUGCUUUUGAAGGCAAUACAAUAUAUAGCCGGCAAGAAUUAUGGCUUUUUUCCUUUGUAUCAUUCAUCUUACGUUCUAAUCUCUAACAUUCCUAAAAUGCUUCCCUGUACGUAGUUAACUCUUAGGUAUAACUUCAAUUUUUUUAAAAAGAGACAAACUGUAAAAAAUGUAUGUAACAAAUUCUUAAAAUGAAAUAUUUGUAAGACUUGUUCCAAUGCUACAUAUUUGCAGUUCCCAAUCUCUGUGUCAUGAAUAGUGUCCUAUGUAAUAAAACUUUUUGCAGGUCUUUAAAAUCAUUUUAGGAAAGGAUGAUCAAAUGCAUCCAGCAGUAAAAUAAAGUUAAACCACAAAAAUACCUCAGGAAAGAAUUGAAAGAAAGUAUAUCUAAUGACAUGCCUAUAUGAGAAGAAUAGCCUAGAAAUGAAUUUUUGGCAGAUUUUUGUAUUAGUCACUUUGUAAAGAAAAUAUUAUACAGCUGUCCUUGAAUGCUAUAGUUGAAGACAGUUUUAAUAGAACCAUGUUGGUUGCACUUUGUAGUAUUUGGUGCUUAUUUAAAUUUCUGAACAUAUAUUACAGUUUUUUACUCUAUUGUGUAAUAUAAAUUAUCUUUUAGAAGUUCUUAGUGUUGGUUUGAUAUUAUCCAAUGAAAGUGACAAGAUAUUUUUAAUAUCUAGAAGGAGUUAAAGCCUAUUAGAAUUGGAUUGCAUACAUUCAAGGGUAUGAGCUGGUUCCUUCACUGGGUCAUGAUCCUUGCAAAUGCUCCUUUUGCCAUCUCAUCUAAGGGUCCUAGGACCCCAGGGCUGGGGAUGUGGCUCAGUGGUAGAUGCUUGCCUAGCAUGUGUAGGGCUCUGAGAUGCAAUCCUAGUCCUGCUAAAUAAAUGAUAAAAAGGAUGGUCCCAGAGAUUUGUACAGAAGAACAGAGCAGAACAACCAGAGGCCAGCCUUUGGGGUGGACUGGCCCUUCCUGUUAGAUGGUCUGGAGAUCUGCUGAUGGCCAUCAUCUGCAGGCAUUUUGAAAUAAAACCAAAAACAAUCCGAGAUUUUAUUUUUCAUUUCAAAACAGCUUGAAGUCCAUAUCACAUCAAAUAUUCUUCCGUCAUUAUAUUCAGAUGAAGUUCCUUACAACUGAGACAGCAAUGUUGCUACUGGUAUCCACAGUUCAUCUUACUUUUAUAGUAAAGAGCUUCAAGGCCUAGGCUCAACACCCUAACCAUGCAACAUUCACCAACAGUACUGAAUGUGGACUGUGUACUACACUCUACUGUAUUUUCUACUGUAACUUCAGACUUGUUGAGGACCCCCCACCUUUAGUAGCAGAACUGACAGUGGGUAUAGGGAGGUACAAAAAAACAGGAGGUCGUUCCUAAAGUUCCAACUGCUGCUGCCCCCAUAUCAUCAUCAUUCUUUCUCUUAUCUGUAACUUCCAGAAGGUAGGGAGUGCUAUUCUUGGCUUUGUUUUAAAAUACUUAUUGCAGAGCCUGAGCUUGAAUUUCUUUUGGUCUUUCUUCUAUAGAGAAGUAAGAUGAGGAAAGAAGAUGUAGAAAUAAAAAGGAAAGGAAAACCCCAAGCUUUAGGUGAAAGGAAAUGGUUAUUUGCACUUAACUCAGUCAGUCAUUACAAAUCAGUUGUGUGCUUGGAGUGGUAGACAUGGAGAGGAAGGCACAGGACUCAGCAGACAAGAUGUGCAGAGUUAGAAGCAGUAAAUGCUGUGUUAAAAUUAGGGGAAGAUGUAGGCAGGGAUUAAAUAAGAAACUUCAUGUAGGAGGUCCAUUUGGAACCAGGCCCUGAGAUGAUUGAUGGGGCUGGGGAAGAAGGUAUUCCAGAGUGGGAAUACAGAACACGUGAUGCUUGGAUUUGGGGUGGGGUGAGGGGGAUGAAGGGGAAGCAAAGUAAAGUUAGUACUCACACAAGAGUUAGUUUCAUAAGAAAGAGAGAGCACACCUGUAAUGUCAGUGAUUAGGAGACUGAGGCAGGAAGAUUACAAGUUCAAGGCCAGUCUGGGCAGAUGAGUGAAACCUUUCUCAAGAAAAAAAGGCUGGGGAUGUAGCUCAAUGGUAGAGCACCCCAAUUCAAUCCUAACUACUACAAAAAGAGAGCAAGAAAUGUAUGUGCACGUGUGCACUCUGUUACUUCAGUAGAAGGGGAAUAUGCUCAAUUACUUGAGGUCACAAGUAACAAAAGUCCCCCUUAUUAUAACAAUUGGCUUUAGUAAGUGAGAAGGUGCUUCGCUGUAGCAUACCACCACAAAAAUUUUAAUUAAGCAGAACAUCUCCAUCCUCUGAACUUUCCAAUGGAGAGAUUUCUCUGUAAUUUAUAUCGUGCCUGAAACAGUUACUGAAAGUCUAUAAGUGCAAGUCCUAUUCUACCAAAUAAGGAUUGAGGCAAGAGGAAUUUUAUGACCUUACAAAAUGAGGAGUCCACAGGUAGGAGAUAUCAAGGUUGCUUAGUUCUGUGACAUAUCAAGGCCAGAUUCAUCUUUCUCUAGUCACUGAUUCCCUCAGUCCUCAUAUUGCCGCCACAGUUUCAGGCAGUAAAAGAUGGAAAACAUAGCCACCCCUCCCUUAUUUGUUUGUUUGCUUCUGGACACCUCUCCAUAAGUUCCUCAGCAGCACACUCCCUCUGAAUCUCCUAGGCCAGACUUUCAUGAUAUCUUUGUUUCUUAACCAAUCACUGGCAAGAAGAAUAGAAUUAAAAGCACUGGGUUGCUAAUGAAGAUUCCACUCCUAGAGCUGAGGAAAGUUCCAGGCUUUGGGAAAGCAUAUGGCCGUCAAUGUUAAAUAAAAUUGGGGUUCUGGAAGAAUUGUGUGUGGGCAACUGGCAAUAUCUGCUGUGGAGAUGAGUGAGUGCUUAAACCAUUCAGGAAGUCAGGAACAGCUUGUGAGAGGGCUGGGGCUCAAGCCAAGCUCUGAAAGAUGCAGAGGAAAUUUUUAUUCUUUCUCAUCCAAUUUGUUCCUGAAACCAGGAUUUUGUUACCAAAAUAGUCCUAUUUGAUAGCUCUCCAUUCAGCUUUACAACAGAUAUUGCCUACAGCCUGUCAGGGAAGCAAGUGAACAGUAAGUUGGAAUCUACACGAAUAUUUACAUCCUGUACAUCACUGUUGCUUAGAAUCCAGGGCUGUCACUGCAUUUGUUGUCUUUUCUUAAUCCUAAAAGUUUCAGAAUCUGGACUGUGGGAUACAGAAAUUACUGAUCCUGGGUCAUGGGAUUACAUCACUUGUUUGUCAUGUUUAACUAGGUACUUCAUGAUGCUAAAUAUUACAUGAUGGGAGAAUAAAGGAAAUGCAUGUAUAUUAGUAUAUAAAUGUGUGUGACCACUAUCCUUGCCCCAAAUUGAGAACAUUUAGCAUAAGUGGCAUACUUUGAGUUGAUGGCAACUGUUUUAAUGUCUAAUGACUCAUUUCUUUCUCAGACAUGCUUCUCAAUUUUCUUUACAUACUCUUCUGACAUUCAGUGCAUGCUGUCUCCUAUAGGCCUAAAAGUAAACCUUGAAACCACACACCCCCCCCCGAAAAAAAAAAAAAUGGUUGGUUUCAUAAUGACUUGAGAAACCAACACACUUUUUCAUGUGUACACCAAAAAUAAUUUAGCAGUUUUGACAUGUGUGAAGCAAGCAGAGCUGUCACCAGGUGGCUAACCAUGAAGAUAUGACUUUCAUUCUGUUUUAUGGUCAUGAGUUUCAUUCUGUUUUACUGUCUUGUAUCCUAUCCUGGUUUUCAGAAACUUCAAUAUGCGUUGCCCUUUCUAAGGUCAAUCUGAAAGACAUAAAUAUGGUUCUGAAUGACUCAAGCACAGAUAUUUUAAUCUUCAUACUUCAUGGGUAGCUUUUUUCUAUAUAUAAGCCAUUUUCUCAUAAGUGCAUUUCAUAUUUGUAUAUUUCAGGAUUUUAAAUGCAUUUUUCACACAAAACUUUUUUUUUUUUCUUUUGCAGUCCUGGGGCUUAAACACAGGGCCUUUCACAUGGUCGGCAAAUGCUCUACCACUGAGCUACAUUCCCAACCCCCACAAAGAUUUUUAAUACUCUACUAUUAAUUCUUCAGAGAUCCAUUUUGCCAUGGGGUAUUAUGUGGUAGCUUAUAAUGAUAUUUAAGAUAUUUCUUUUCGGGGUCAUUCAGGACCAGACUUGCAUAAUUCCAUCAGGGUUGGACAAUGAUGAAUCAGGGAGAAAACUUAUUGUACUAGUGCAUUGUUGUACUAGAUUGUACUUACUCAAAUAAAAUGAACCCUGGUUACUUCUGAACCAGUCUUUCAACAGGA